AUGGCAGAAGAGGCUGCCGUCGACUAUUCCCUGGCCAACCCAGACACCCUCACCAAGUACAAGACCGCUGCUCAGAUCUCGCAGAAGGUCCUCGAGACUGUUUCGGGAUGGUGCACCGAGGGUACCAAGAUCGUUGAGAUCUGCCAGCGCGGCGACAAGCUCCUCGACGAUGAGAUUGCCAAAGUCUACAAGGGCAAGAAGAUCCUCAAGGGCAUCUCCCACCCAUGCACCGUCUCGCCGAGCUCCUACGUCACUCCCUACACCCCUCUGACUUCCGAUGCUGAAGAGGCCGAGGUUGCGCUCAAGGCUGGGGAGGCAGCGAAGAUUCAGCUCGGUGCACAGAUUGAUGGCUUCGGUUCCAUUGUGUGCGACACGGUCCUCGUGCGCCCCAAGGGUGACAGCGAGAAGUCAUUGUCUGGACGUCCAGCCGAACUCUUACUUGCAACCCACUACGCCAACGAGCUGCUCCUCCGCGUGAUGAUGCCUCCAGGUCUUUUGGCGCAGGGUACAGAUGAAGAGAAGAAGAAGGCACAAGCGGUCAAGCCGUACAGCCAGUCGAAGAUCACACAGCUUCUGGAGAAGGUGGUCAAGAGCUACGAUUGCAACUUGGUCGAGAACACCACAUGCUGGCUGUUUGACAGAAACGAGAUUGAGAGCAAGAAGAAGAUCAUCCUGGCACCAGGCGAGGGUGUCAAAGGUGAAGGACUGCCAGAGGUUGGUGAAGUCUGGGGCGUUGAGGUGGGAGUGAGCAUUGGGUCAGGCAAGGUCAAGACUCUCCCACAGAGACCGACCCUCCACCGCAGGACCACCACGACCUACGGCCUGAAGCGCCCAAGUUCGCGAGCUACGCUCUCUGAGAUUCAGAAGAAGUUCGGCACCUUCCCCUUCAGUCUGCGACAACUUGAUGAUGAGCGCGCUGGCAAGGUCGGUGUUGUCGAGUGUGUUCGUGGUGGCGUUGUGCGACAGUAUGAGGUGAUUGGUUCUACUGAUGGAGAGCCAGUUAGCCGCCUGUUCACCACUGUCGCUGUCACCAAGAACGGCCUCCAGCGACUGGCCGCCCCACCUCAGCCGAAUGUCUCACAGUGGAAAUCUGACAAGAAGAUCACCGACGAGGAGGUCCUCAAAAUCUUGGAGCAGCCGCUCUCAAAGGCUAGCAGCAAGCCCAAGAACAAGAAGAAGAAGAAGAAGCCAGCGAAGAAGGCCGCGCCCAAGGAGGAAGAGGAAGAAGAUGACGACGAUGACGACGAGGACAGCGACGAUGAGUGA